AUUUAUUUGAUUUUUUAAUAAAACAGACAAGUUAAUUAUACACGUACAUAUAUGCAAUGAGUUCUAACAAUAAUAAUGAACAGCACAAGAAUAAGGAUGAUCUUAUGGAAGUAAUAGGCUCAACAGUUUUGGGUGUUCAAAGCUCAUUUGGCUCUGUAUAUGACUCUUUAGAAAAAAGCUUAAAACAGAAUUUACAAAUGAGUCAAAGCAUGAUUCACAUGAUUGAAGAGAUUUAUAAAGCGAAUAUUAAAAUUGGUAAACUUUUUUUUAGAAGAAAAAGAGAGUUAUUAAAUACUGAAAUAUAAUAAAGGUAGUUCAUUGAAACCAGCAGGAAAUGGUAAUAUUCAUAUGACUUUAACGAUAAAUAACAGAACAAAGCUUCCUGUAACAUCUAUGGUUGGAUUAUUAAAAUUUGAGACAAAAGAAGAAGUAACUAUUAUUCAUGUGUAUAGACCAAAAAAGAAAAAAAAAAAUUCACA